AUGAAUGAUCCGUUUAGAGACCAUGAUCGCAACACCUGGUCGCUGCGGCUCGAAAUAGAGGAUCGUAUUCUCUCAAGACUCCAUGGCUUCUACUUCGCCGCCGGUGACACCAUUCUGGGGAGCAAGCAUGAGGACAAGGCCCUUAUACAAGAAUUGUGUCCUGAAAAUGCAGGAAAUAACAUCACUUUGGAUGUAACCAACUUCAUCCUUAGAACCCUUGUAGCAUGUAGCCGGAAGUGGCAUAUGUUGCAUGACUUUGGCCCAUUGCGUUUCUGGAACGACGUGACCACGCUGGGUAGAAGGAACUCAAACAUCCAUAUUCGGCCCAUGAACACUAGGAACCUUAUUACGGCUCUAAUUAAAGCACGUCAACGAUAUGUCCUACGACAGAGCGCCAUAUAUCCCGACUUUGUUAUGGAAACCGACCUGAAGCUUGGCAGCGACACGGCUGCACAGGCCAUUCUCGAACGCGUUUUGGGUUUAGAAGACCCGAUCACAUUCUCUGGGGACAUUUUCAGGAGUCCACUGUGUAGUGAGUCAGAGAAGCGAGACUUGCUCAAGCAUGCUAUAAAUUACGGCCCGGUGAAGCAGAUCUCUGGCAAGAAAUAUCAGCUUGCCCAGGGCGCUCCCCAGAAUCUACACCCUAUAUCGGAUCUAGCCCGAAAGCCAGCAAUUUUGAACUCGAGAGGGUUUGUGGAACAGCUGGCAGUUGGCCCAACAUCUCCCACAGAAGGAGUUGACAAUAUCACAGCGCCAAAGUCAGUCCCUGCCAAACGAACAUCGACGCCAACCCGACGUCAUGACGUUAACUUACCCCGUACCGCUAGCGGUGGAAGGGGAAAACCGAGAUGUGUAUUUGUAACGCCUACCCGAUGUAAAAGGCUUGCCCGGGGAAAAGAAUCACCAUUGUUAGAUACGAGCAAUGGUAAGAGCACACAACAGAGCAACAAGAGAGUCAAGACUAGCGUCAAGUCAGAUGCACGAGAGCCGGCGGCCGAAACACGCUCGCCGACAAUUGCGAAAUGUCUAAAGAGCCCGUCCAAGGUUCGAUCCGGCGUAUAG